AGAACAGUCCACACAUGUCUAUGCCCAGAACAGACAAAACGAACAAGGCUAUUGUGUGAUGGCCUUUACUCUUUGCGCGAAACGGCGAAAGCGUGAUUUGCGGUCUGCAUGAGUUGCAAUACAGGAGUUUGUGUGGUAAUGUUGUUUUGAUUAUUAUAAGAAGUGAAUUGGUCGAACGGUCGAAGGGUUGUCAAAAUGACUGAUCAAGAUGCGAAUAAUAAUACUCUUACGUUACGGGAGAGUUUAGUAAAAACUGCAGUGCAAUUUCUACAAAACCCUAAAGUGUCAUUGAGUCCAUUGUUGCAAAAACAAGAAUUUCUUAAAAGAAAAGGUCUUACAGAUGAGGAGAUUAAAACAGCUUUUAAAUUAGCAGCCGUUGAUAACAUAACUGAUCACAAUGCUCUUCAAAAUCAGAAUCCGUAUACUGCUGUACAAAUGUCACCAGGAUCUAUUCAGCAAUACCGCCAAAUGAGCAUUUACCAGCCAACAUUUUUGCAGAAGGUUAAAGAAUUGUUCAAUGCAACUGCAUUAAUUGGUGUGACAGUAUACUGCACAUAUUGGUUUUAUAAGAAAUUUUUAGAACCCUUUCUGUUUGGUCGGAAAAAGAAGAAAAGUGUAGAAGAUAAAGUGACUGAAUUAGAUAAAACUGUCCAAAGCUCCAUGAAAGAAGUGAAAGACUCUAUUUUGAAGAUAGAAGGUGAAAUGCAAAAACUGACUCAGCAUCAAGCGAUAGAUCCGACUAUUCCGCAAUUGGUGCAAGAACUUAAACAUGAUUUAUCUAGUCUAAAAGCUUUACUUUUAUCGAGGAAACAAUUUCCUACUGCUCCGGCAUCUAUACCAUCAUGGCAGUUAGGUUCACCAAAUGUAGGUCAAGAAAAAGCAACUGAACGAGAAGACGAUGCUGGAAGUGGAAGUAGUACUAACAAUUCGGAUAGUUCUUUGGAAAUGAUUCGAGAAGAUCCACCUAAAGAAUAAAUUUAAGGAUUUUGAGUCUAUCAUAAUUACUUUCAUAAUGAUAGUCUUCGAUAUAUGGUAUACUUAAUAUCAUAUAUUGAAGCAAAAGGAUUAUAGUUUCUUCAAAAGAAUUAUAAUAUAUGACAUUAAAGAGAUGUUUUAUAUUAUUUUUAUACGGGAUGUUGGAAAAGAAAUUUCUCAACCAUCUUAAUUUGAACUUUAACACCAUGUGCGUGAUGUAUGUGUUUUGUUUAGCAUUAAGAUACAUUUUUGGUAGUAUUCAUAAUUUUGUAAAUGUUUUACAACAAAAACGAUAUACCAUUAUAAAAAAUAACUUCUAAUGUAUCACGAAAAUUAUUAAAUAAGAUUGUAUGUAUUGAGUAUAUUAUUUACUAUAAUAACGUAGUAAAUUGAUCAGAUAAUUAUAUUAAUAUAAUUGUAAAUUUUUUCACAAUUUUAACAGAGUGUUCUUAUACAAGACAUUAAACAGGCUGUUAAUACUUUCUUUUAAAAAUUAAUUUACUUUAAUAAUAAAAUACACAUAUAUAAAAGAUAAGGUGAAUUGAGAAGACAAACUAGAAAUUUUUUAAAUAUUUUUGAAUACUUUUUACGUAAGCAAAAGUGGUAUUUUUAAUUGUAUAAUUUUGUAAAUUAUAUGUACUAAAUAUCUGGUACGUAAGAAACAUAAUUCUCACGAGCUUGGGAGAAUUAGAUUAUUUUAUGUGGAGUUAAAUUGUAAAUAUAAAGAUGUAGCACUUCUCUACAUCAUGAAAUAAAAUUCUAAUAUAUUUGUUGUAUAUGUUAAUGUUUAUAUUUUAAUCUAGAAUUCAAAACACUGAAGACAGUUUACAAUACGAAGUACCGUGUUUAAGAACCUUGUAAAUUUUAUGUUGAUAGAAUAGAAUUAUAUUGUAUUAUAAACUGAGAAA